CCUCGACCUGAACGGGUCAGCCACAUCAAAGGAUCGAGGAGCGCUGUGUUACACUCGGGCUGCUGAUACAUCCUCAGAUUCCAUCAUCAACAGACUGUGCAGCGGGCUAUAGGUCAAUCCACUCACUAUAAACUGCAGGACAGAGCUUGUCAUGAGGGCGGCGUGUGUGAUCAUCUUGGCCUCUCUGACGGUGUUCAUGUCACCCGGGAUCCAGUGUCAGACUCUGCCGGGUGAGGGUGACCCGUCUCUGGAUGAGCUGUUCCAGCGCGCGGAGAGUCUGCUGCUCCGCUCUAUUCUCACGCAGAUGGAGGACGAGAACAACGCUAACGGAGAGCAGACGGAGUGGCUGGAGAAGAGACAGCACCCGGGCAAGCGACAGCAUCCCGGGCGCGAGGACGCCGACUACGAAGACGAGGCUUCCGCCCUACAGAAAAGGCAGCAUCCCGGGAAGCGCGAGGAGGAGGACAGCGCGAGGCUGAGGAGGCAGCAUCCCGGGAAGCGUCUGUCUCUGGAGCACAUGAUGCUGGAGGACCCCACCGCGCAGAGCGAGCUGGCCAAACGCCAGCACCCCGGGAAACGCUACCUGAUGCUGCUCCACAAACGACAGCAUCCCGGCCGGCGCGAGCUGCAAGAGGCAGCGGGAGACUUUUCGGACCUAGCCAAGCGCCAGCAUCCCGGGAAGAGACUGUGUGAGGACUGGGACGUGGCCGGCUGCGAUCAAGCCAGCAUCCUGCUCGAGCUUCUGGACAACGUCAACAAAAGUCGCGCAGAGGAGAAGAGACAGCAUCCCGGGAAGCGCUUUGAGCUGGAGGACGAUCUCACGGAACAAGAGUCGCUGUGAUGGAGCGAGCGAAAGGCUUUACCGAGCUGUCCGAGUUGUAAAAACGGACGAAUAAGUACGUGUUCAUUGUUUUCCACAGCAUCCGAGUCAUGGAAACCGCGGCUACACUUUAUUUGGAGGUGUCUUUGUUACAAUGUAAUUGUACAUUUAAGUGCAGAGUAGCCUAGGUAAUAUUAAUUAACUACAUGUACUUACUUUAUGGUUCGAGUUAGGAUUAGGGUUUGGCUUAGGGUUACUUGCAUGUAAUUAUGCAUAAUUAAUUGUUAUUAUAAUAGUAAGUAGCUACAUGUAACGUGUAACAAGGACACCUUAAAAAUCAAGUGUUACCGAAAACGCACCUGUCUCCAUGUGUUUUACUGGUCGCUUUUUUGUUUCUCGUUUUGUUCAAGCAAAGGGGGCUUUCCAAGCGAAAAUACAAAAUCUCAGUUAACUGUGC